AUGAAGAGUCAGCUGAAUAAGAAUUAUUCAGAGUUGACAGAGUUUAUUCUUCUGGGAUUCAAAACAUCUCCAGAACUACAGAUCCUCUUAUUCCUAGUGUUCUUGCUAAUCUACCCGGUCAUUGUAGUGGGAAAUAUCAGCAUGAUAGUUGUCAUUAAGGUGGAUUCCAGACUUCACAUGCCUAUGUAUUUCUUUCUCAGAAAUUUGUCCUAUUUAGACCUUUGCUACUCCACAGUCAUUGCUCCCAAAACUCUAGCCAAUUUCUUGUCCACGGAUAAGAAAAUUUCUUACAAAGGAUGUGCAACACAGUUCUUUUUCUUUGCUCUGUUUGCUGGGACUGAGAACUUUCUUCUGGCUGUGAUGGCAUAUGAUCGCUUCUCAGCCAUUUGUUCGCCCUUCCUCUACACUGUACGUAUGUCUCAGCAGGCUUGUGUUCGUUUGGUGGUUGGCUCCUAUGUCUGUGGAUGCAUCAAUUCCAUGAUUCAAACAUGUUUCACCUUCAGUUUGCAUUUCUGUGGUGAAAACAGACUGGAUCACUUUUUCUGUGAUGUCCCGGCCCUGAUCAAGAUCUCAUGUGUUGACACUUUUGUGAAUGAGAUUGUGCUAUUUGUUCUCUCUGUUCUCAUUAUCAUCGCUACCACAACCAUCAUUCUGGUUUCCUAUGCUUACAUCCUCUCCACUGUCCUGAAGAUCCCCUCAACCCAUGGUAGAAGUAAGACCUUCUCCACUUGUACUUCUCACAUCACUGUGGUGAUUUUAUUCUAUGGGACUCUGUUCUUCAUGUAUGCCCAGCCUGGGGCCAUCUCCUCACCAGAGAAAAGCAAGAUUAUAGCUGUGUUCUACACUCUUAUCACCCCCAUGCUAAAUCCUCUGAUUUAUAGCCUAAGGAACAGAGAGGUGAAAAAUGCAGUGAAAAGGAUAUUGUUGAGAAAAAUAUCUUUUCAUUGACCUCCCACCAUCUAUUAAAAUGUGGAAUAAAAUAAUUGACUAAAAACAAUAAUUUCAAUAAUUUGUUAAGAAACUAUUUCAACUAAAGGCAUCUAAAAGUUUUGGAAAUUAGUUUAUUUUCUUUUUGUCACCAG